AUGACGACAACUCCAGCGGCCUAUGCUGCAAAAGUAGUGUCCUCUUCCUCAUUUUCAGAAGCACGAUCAAGAGCUCCAAAAAUAGUUCAAUCAUAUCUUCUUGAUUUUCCCGUAGCAACGGCACGUGCGAAAAUCAGAGAAGAGUUUGAAAAAAACCGUUAUGUUAGCGAUUUAAGGGUAAUUGACGUCUUGAUUUUUAAAGGCCGUGCCGAAUAUCAAGAAACCCUUAAUAAUUGGAAAAUGGACACGCAUAUCAUGAGAUACUUUUCGAAAGACGAAUCACCUCCUAAGCCCGAAGGUUUUCUGGAAAAAUUUUAUGGUAUAGGAUUUAAUUUUGGCACAUAA